CUCUGCUGAAAUCCACCAACCAUAGCAUUUACCGAUUUUUUCAGCCCAGCACCGCUCCACCGGCCAUAUUGGGCUGUGGAAAUAAAGCAGCUCUAAUGUUAUAUGUCACCUGCAAAUAACCCGGGCGUUCGAAAAAAGCAAACCACCACAACCCACACCAACACCAAGCCCUCUCCACACACCCAACUCCUUCACAAUGAGCCCGGAUGCCUGGCUCCCUCAGCCUGUCCUGUGCCUCUCUGCCCUCAGCCUGCUGUUCUCGCUGGUGCCCACAGGGCUGGGAAUGGAGGUGAUGGCUCCCCCCAUCAUCAACGCCAUGAAUGGCAGCUCUGUAAAGCUCUCCUGCACCUUCAACUCCUGCUACAAGGUGGAGAACAAGCAGUUCUCCCUCAACUGGACGUACCAGGCGUGCAUGAACUGCUCUGAGGAGCUGUUCCUUCAGUUCCGGAUGAAGAUCAUGAACAAGCAGCUGGAACGCUUCGGGAACCGGGUGGAGUUCACUGGGAACCCCACCAAGAACGACGUGUCCUUCACCCUCAACAACGUGCAGCUGGAGGACGAGGGCACCUACAACUGCUACGUCCUCAACCCCCCGGACCGGCAGCGGGGCCACGCCAGCAUCAGCCUGAAGGUGCUCACCGAAGAACCCCCAAAGCGCGAUUCAACGGUGGCUGUCAUCGUGGGUGCCUCCGUGGGCGGCUUCCUGGCCGUGGUCAUCCUGGUGCUGAUGGUGGUGAAGUGCGUGCGUCGGAAAAAGCAGCAGAGGCUGAACACGGAUGAUCAGAAAACGGAGGAGGAAGGAAAGACGGACGGCGAAGGCAACCCGGAGGAGGGCACCAAGUAACUCACCCUGCUUCCCCCAUCACUGUACAGCGCGUCCCGUCCGUGUGCUUCCCACAGCCAGGAUUGCUGUCUGCCCAGAGUAACCCCCUGCCACCCGCACCGCCAACC